AUGUCUUUUGUGAAGCAUUCCAUAUUUUUAAUUGGUCAAGAAAGACAAAGAUCCAGUAACAAGUCUGGGGGCAGAGCCAAAAAGAAGUGGUCCAAAGGCAGAGAUCGGGACAAGAGAGCUAUACAUGACAAACCCUGUAAGAAGUUCCCAACUCUAAGCGUGUUGCUGCAGCUCCUCCCUGAGAGACUGAAGAUACAAGGCUCUGCAGCCAGGGCAGCUCUUCAGGAGCUAUUGAAUAAGGACUUAGCAAAGGGGUUUCAAAGCACAGAGCCCAAGUCAUUUACACCAGAACACAAGGGUGGAGGUGCCCUGGCUGCUGGCAAAAGUGCACAGUAG